UUUAGACGGUCAAUCUACGAGAGUGACCAAAGACCACCUUUGGAUACAAUUUUUGCCUCGUAAUGGCAUUGAUUUGUCAUCCCUGGUGGAAUUAGAAUGCAAAGAAACUGAGGUUUCUGGAUCCAGCACAGAUAUGUUGAAGGAAAGAUUUGAAAUUGAGGUUGCAUUCGAAAUCUGGGGCAUCAAUUCCAUGGUGAAGAAAUGCGGGGCUCGAAUAGUGUAUGAGGAAGAUUUGGAAGAGAUGGACCAAACCAUACAUGAACAUAGCGGGUCAACUUCUUCAAAUUUUGAUGAUAUGCAUUCAAACAGUGGAUCAAACGGGAAUAAUAAUGGCGCUCUUGUCAAGAGAAAAUGGUUGAAUGCGAAAGCAGGCGAUCAGCGGAACAAAACUCUAUUUUGUCGAAUCUGUCAAUCAUAUGUUGUAAACCAUCGACUACUCUCCUAGCUUUACAUUGUUUUAUCCAUUUUCUUUCAUAUGGAUUUAUCUUUUUCGGACAACUUGUGUUUCAAUUUUGUUAUAGACG